CAUCGCCACUCACCUUUUUCUUUUAGUGAAUAGUCAAGAAAUUUUACUUCUUUCCCUUAAGCUUUCUUCUCUCCAUUCCCCUCUUCCACCUAUCCUUUUUCCAAUCCAAAUUCUUGCCUAAAUCCAAAGGGGAAAAUGCUAGGGAUCAAGAAGUUUGUUUCAGUGAAGAAACUAGCCAAGAAGGCUAAGUUCAUAACCAGUACUAUUUAUCGUCAGCGACCACAACAUGUUGAGUACUUGCUUAUUAAAGACGACGAAGAUCAGUGGUCUCUUACAAAUUCUAAAUCCUCAACACCAACAGGAAACUUAGCUAUCUACGUAGGGGAAGAACGUGAACGAUUCGUGGUGCCAACGAGCUAUCUUUCACAUCCAUUGUUCAAGAUUUUGUUGGAGAAAACGUACAAUGAGUUUGGCUUUGAGCAAAGAAGUGGACUGGUAGUGCCAUGCAGUGUUAAUGCAUUUCAAGAAGUAGUCAAUGCUGUGGAGUGCUGCAAUGGGAAGUUUGAUUUUGGUGAGUUGGUGGGGGAGUUUUUGUAGAUAUAUGGAUAAUAUAAUGUUUUGUAACUUUAGAUUACAUUUCUAGUGCGAGCAGGGGCGAAUUUUGGGGCGGAAGGGUUCAUUCAACCCCCUUCGCCGAAAAAUUACACUGUAUAUAUAAGGCAAAAUCUAUUUUUUACCUCUAUAUAUUAAGUUUUGAACCCCUUUACACAGCCCAAAAGUGUAGCUUAGUGGUCAAGAGGGUUCAAAAUCUUUGAAAGGUCA